ACUGGUUGGCACAGUAAAUAUUUAUCGAUAUCAUAAAAAUAAGUAAACACUUUUAUUUACAAUGAGCGCCGGAAAAGAGACAAAAGCCUUGAUCAAGGACAUCCGGGAGACAAUUAAGUUGGGGAAACAUGCGGAGGCCAUACCCAAGUGCCAGCGCCUGUUGAAGUCGGAGCCCAAGAAUGCCAUGGGCUACUUGUUGCUCGGAGCAGCCUACCAGAAUCUGGACAAGGCGGAGGCGGCCAAGAACCUGAGGCACUGCAUCGAGUUUACGGAGGGACCGGCCACCGCCGCACUGCUCGGCCUGGCCAACUGUGCGCCCAGCAACGAGCUGCCGGAGAUUUACGAUCAGCUGGCAGAUCUGCAACCAGAACAAGCCUUGGACUAUUGGGACAAGCUUUUUAACUUGGCCUCGGAUUCUGGAGCAGCUCCUGCUUGCUUUGCAGUACUGAAGAAGAGAGUUAAGAACCCAGAGGACAAGAACUAUUCCAAAAUUCAGGAAUAUCUGGGACGCAUUUGGUUCGCUAACGAUUUCGAAAUUAGUCCAGACGAUACUCAGCUUUACAAAACAACAAUGGAAGCUCUGCUUGAGACCUCAGAUCCAAGUGCCAAGAGUGUCGUCUACAAGCGCUACCUGAAGUGGCUCUACAAGGAAAAGGACUUCGUGUCCUGUGUGCGACACGCCUGCAACAUGACCGAAUCGCAUCCCAGGGAUGUGUAUGGCUACGAGUGGAUAUGCAAGACCUACUGUGAAAACCACGAUCAACCCGGCAAAGAUCUCUGGCAACAGGAACUGAGGCAUCCCAUUCAGGUGUACGCUGAGCAGCUGCUGGAACUGAAUCCAAACUCCAACUUGGCCCUGUUGAUCAAGGCACUGGAUCUUUAUGCUGAGGGACAGUUUGUUGCAUCUAGACAGUUGGCACUACAGGCGCAGCAAAGUCAUCCCGCGUACAAAGUAACGUUAGAGCUGCUGGCACGAAUACACACAGAGCUGGGAGCCUAUAAACUGGCCCUUCAGCUGUGGCAGCAGAUAGGUCAGGAAUGCGAAGCCUACGCCCUGUGUUUAUCCCACGAAAAAGAUCCUUCCAAACUAAGAGAAGCAGUCAGAAUGUUGCAAACGUUGAAGAAGUCUGAAGGCAGUAAUAAGACUUUGGCUCGCUGCUACUUCAAGCUGGGUGAACUGCAGCAGCUGAAAGAGUUGCCCUUAGAUGAUCUUUCCAAGGCAGAAUUUAUCUUAUCGCCAACUGAGGGUCUUCAAAAAAUUGGCAACCAAGAGUCAUUUGAGGCCCAUCUGCUCAGCGGCAAGCUGCACAUGGCAUUGAAAAACUACUCCGACGCCCUGAACAGUAUAUUAAAGGCCACACGACUGCGUCCUCACUUUGCCGAGUGCUUUGACUAUCUGGGCAGGCUAUAUCCGCUGGCCACUGGGGAUUUGGCACGUGCUCGCAAGUGCUUCGAGAAAUGUAUCAGCCUCAAUGGCCUGGCUGAGGAAGCUGUGGAUGCCCUGAGCUUUAUCUACCAAGAACUGGGCGAGGAGGAGUUGAACGAGACGCUGCUGCUUAACACUUUGCGGCACCUGGGCAGUGACGACUCAGUCCGCCUGCAGUACAAGCUGGGACUGCAUUUCCUGCAAGUGAAGAAGUGGGACAAUGCAAUCCAAUGCUUUCGCAUUGCCAUCAAACACGACUCACGCUGCAUGGUCUACUGGGAGUCAUUGGGCGAUGCUUACGCGGCCCGUGGUUCCUACAACUCGGCCAUUCGGGUCUUUCAGAAGAUCCUUGAACUGUCAGCGGAUAAUAGCUACGCCCUGCUUCAGAUAGCCUCCAUUAAAACGACGAUUCGCAUGUACACCGAAGCUAUUGAGGAUUACAAUGUGCUGUUGAAGCUAAAUCCCAGUUACCUGCCUGGACUUCGAGGAGCCGCUGAGGCGCACAUUGGCAUGGCGAACAGUCUGAAGAACCAGAAUCUUUACGGCAGGUGCAAGGAGCAUUUCCAACUAGCUGUGGGACACCUUCAGAGUGCCUUCCUUCAACCGGAGGCUCAGGGCAUGGUUUGGCUGUGGCGCCUCUCGGCCAGUGUAUUCGUCCAGACGGCCCAGCUGCCGCCAUCGUUGGCCAACCUGGAUGUGGCCGGUAGUCUGGCCAAGCGGGAUGAACCCAUUGCGUAUCUGUCGCGCAAGGAUCUUCUCCAGCUUGCCCAGCGUUUCUAUCUGUGCGCUUUGAAGCUGAAGCAGAAUACCUACCUGUGGUACGAGUUGUCGCUGGCCAGCUACUACAGUGCCAUCUUCAUUCCCGAGGAGGCCAAAAGCCACCUUGAGACAGCGGCCAGGGUGUGCAAGAUGGCCAUCAAGGAGCGAGGCAAUCGGUGGCAGAAUUGGAAUCUGCUCGGGGUGAUCAACAUGCAGGCAGAGUACGAGAACCUGCCGUUGGCUCAGCACUGUUUAAUUCAGGCAGUGGAGCUGGAAAGAAAGUGUUUCACGGCCUGGACCAAUCUAGGGGUUCUCUAUAUCAAACUGAACGAAGUCCGGCUGGCUAAUGAGGCCUUCACGCGAGCUCAACAAUCGAGUCCUGUGUACGCCAACGCUUGGAUAGGCCAGGCCAUGGUGGCGGAGACAAUUGGUGAUCGAGAGGAGGCCUUUGAUCUAUUCCGUCACUGUCAGCAGUUUGAUUACCAUCCCGAGGCAGCGCUGGGAUUCACGCACUGGGUUUGCGAAAUGCUGUCGGAUCCGGACUCGCGGAACAAGCCGCACAUUAGGCAUGCCAUCGAGCACAUGUACGCGGAUGUCUAUGCUCUGGAUGCCAUUAACUGGUACGUGCAAAAUGAGGAGUCCGAUGCUAGCAUCGCAGCGCUGUCGUUCCAGGGAUUCCUGUACGCCCGGAAAAAGCUCUACCGUCAGGCGGUGGAAGCCUUUACCCGCGCCUGUAAGCUGUGCGAGCCCGGAGAGGAUCGAGACAAGCUGUACACCAAUCUGGGGUAUCUAUACCUGAAGCUUGACCAGCCGGAGCAGGCGGCCAACGCCCUAAACACGGUGGCGCAUGCCUCGUUCAAGCCUAUAAUAGGCCUGGCUCAGGCAUAUUACAGAGCCGGUCAGCUGCAGGAAUCCUAUUCGAUCUACAACUCUGUUCUCAGCAACGUGGUUGGCCAUGACGAUGACAAAGCGGCUACCAUCCUGGUGGCUAUGGCCUCCAUGAUCUAUGCCUACCAGGGCGAAGCGGACACCAAAACGCUACUCUAUCAGUGCGUCCUGCUGAAGGAUGUUCCCAUUCAGGCCUUGUACUCGGCCUUUGCCUUGGGCAUAAUUCAUAAGGAUAAUGAGCUGAGCCGAACCAUAAUGACGGAGCUGAGUGCGUACGCUUUCAAGGAGGAGUAUUGUGCCGAAGUAUCUUACCUAACGUCGUACUAUAUCCUGAUAAAUGAGGGUGUCCACAAGGCGUUGUGCUUUCUACAGACGCGAGUUCGCAUGUUUCCCCACUCCGCCGGUCUUCGGAAGGUCUUGCUUAAGUUCCUUCUUGACUAUUUCCAUGAGGACCAAACCUACCAACUGGCCACAGCAAAUAUGGCUCUAAUAGCUCUUACCCUGGGCCACACCAAUCUGCAGAAUGGUAUCUUGGCCAGCGAGGAGGCGCAGACGACCAUCUAUGCCAGCCAGGCGGUGAGUCCAGUGGACAGGACCUGCUCCCUGAAGCUGGUGCAGCGCGCCAUUCGGCUGAAUCCAACUGACCAGCAAGCGAGGCAAUUACUUGCCGCCAUUGCGGCUCAUUAAUAAUACAGCCUAAUAAAAUAAAUUUAAAC